AUGGAGCCAAACAUGCUCGAUAGUCUCCUCGACUUGGAGGAGCAGUUCUAUAAUGAAGGCUUUGACCUGGGAGCCGCCGAUGGCGCCAAGGCGGGGUACACCGAGGGCAGCGUCUUCGCCGUCGAGAAAGGCUUCGAGAAAUUCGUGGAGUUGGGCCGCCUCUAUGGCAAAGCUCUAGUCUGGGCUCAACGGCUCGCAGAUUCAAAGUCGCCAGAAGCUUCGGAACAACCAUUGAGUCAGCCGGUGUCCGCAGAUGUCCUCUCUCUCGGUCCGUCAAUCUGCAAAGAAAUGCCGAGUCUUCCGUCGCAUAGUGCGCGGUUGACCAGAAACCUCGAAAUCCUGCUGGAGCUAGUUGAUCCAGCUUCUCUAGAUAUGAGAAAUACCGAGGAAGCCGUGAACGACGUGGAUGAGCGGCUGAAAGGCGCUGCUGUCAAAGCCAAGCUCAUCCAGAGAGCCAUGGGCGAGAGCGAAGAGCCUCUAGGUACUCGAUCAAAUGCUAAAGAUGGCCAGAGGCCGGGUGAUGGAACGGGCAGCAUCGAAGACAUCAGCUCGUUGAACGUUCGCCACUGA